AUGGUGCGGAACGAGGUAUCGCCCCAGGCGGAUGGCUAUGGCAAUGCUGCUAUUGACUCUGGCGAUAGCUACUCCUUCUCACAAAACACAUUAUCACCUCUCAGAAUUUUUGCCGCCCGAAUUGAAGUUCCACCCUACGGAUUGGGGAAACAAUUGUUAUUUCUGCGAUCGAGACCCGCCUAUGAGGAAUAUAUGGCUUCUCGGAUUAAACAACAUGUUGAAAUUGGGAUGGCUUUUGUGGACAGACCGCUUACUCAGCUGGAGACUGACUCCUUCGUUGAACAGGCCGUAAGCUUAACCACAAAACCUCGAAUUGGGGCAUACCUUGGCUCAUUCUUGGGGUUCCUGUUAGUCGCAAAGCCUUUCUUCAAGAACAGUCGUCUAGUACCUUUUGCACAAAUGAAGGGCAUGGUAGAUAGACCAUUGAUUAUUAGAACAUUACUUUGGCCGUUUUGUGUCUUCGCAGGGAAUAUUUUCGGAAAAGCAAGCGGCGCCUCUCUCGCAGUGCGAGAUCUGACAUCGGAUCCCAGAUUAACCCAAUACCGGCAAGACCGCGCAAAUCAAGAUCCUCAGAAGGUUCAGAAAAGCCUAGAAAAGCUUGGGUGGAAGACUCGUCAUACUCAGUCACCCCCACGUCGCCCUCACUCACAGCAAAAUAAACCAGAGAAAGACAAUGCCAGCCCAACCGCUGGAUUCGAAUCAAAUGGUGAUGAUGACUCAAUCUACUCUUCUACCCAUUACGGACCUUCAAGCGAAAUUUACGUAAUGCAAUCACAAGCAGAUUCGAACAUUCCGGCGCAAUCAAAUCCGCAGCAGUGGGACCCUUCGCAGCGGCAGCAAGGCGAUUUGGGUAAAUAUCGACAGGGUCGCCAGAUAAUCGAUAAAAGCGACGAUGAUGAUGUCUUUGGCUUCAACUCCAAUACAACACCUGGAAUAGCAGGCUCAACAACCACUAGAUCUCAGCCGUCAGGAAGUGCCUGGGAUCGGCUACGCGGGUCACCCUCAUCCACUUCCAGCCGCCCAUCUAUCAAGAGGGAAAGCUCAAGCUUGGAUUCACCAAUAUCAAGCACCGAGAGUACACCAUCCGAUUCGUCAUCAACACCUCCCGGCAGCUCAUGGGAUCGAAUACGCGCCGCAUCCGCGUUCCCUUCCUCCACGCCUUUCCAACCACAACCUGAGCAGUGGCCUCAGAAUAAACCAGACAACUAUGAAGAUUCUACGCGACAAUCGAAAGACAAAGCGCAGCGCGAGUUCGACCGCCUGCUUGAACAGGAGAGACAGAAUAUCGGUGACGGCGACAGCUAUACUAAACAAAAAAGGGAUUGGGGGAGAGGGUCAUAGCGUGCUGGAGCUGAUAUUCCCUUCGACGUUUGAUUAUCCCUAACUUUAUCCAUAGAAGGGGGGAUAUUACCUAUGAGUUGGGUUGAUUCGACAGCUAUGCAUGUGUGUUUGCAAAGCAUAUAUCCGCAUCCACAUCCCAUAUUUGUGUGUAUUAUUAUCACUUUAGAAUGACACUGAAUU